UCCCCAUAGGUAACACUUGAAUGAACAGAUUAUUGUAUCCACAGAACAAGAAUGGCUUUGAAAGGAGCUCAAGCCCUUGCUUGUAUUGCAAGAGAAAGAAGCCCAUUUCUUUCUUCAACGACUCACCAUCUUAAUCUCAGAUUACAUCACUAUCCUUCAUUUACACCACAAUCCUAUCGCCAAGCUGGAACCCUAAAUCAGAUUCGUGCCAUCCAGGGGACAACUGCGGAUCCUUUAACGGCCAAUAAAGAACAACAAAAAGAAGAAUCGCCCGAGCCUGAGAAUUGGAAGAUCAAAAUGCUUUAUGAUGGAGACUGCCCUCUGUGCAUGCGUGAGGUUAACAUGCUGAGAGAGAGGAACAAGCAAUAUGGGACUAUAAAGUUUGUUGACAUAGGCUCAGAUGAAUACUCUCCUGAGGAAAAUCGAGGCCUAGACUACAAAACUGUUAUGGGAAGAAUUCAUGCAAUUCUUUCUGAUGGAACUGUAGUUACAGAUGUGGAAGCAUUUAGAAGAUUAUAUGAACAGGUUGGUCUUGGAUGGGUUUAUGCAAUAACUAAAUAUGAACCUAUUGCUACAAUAGCUGAUGCUGUUUAUGGUGUUUGGGCUAAAUAUCGUCUUCAGAUUACUGGUCGACCUCCCUUAGAAAAGAUUUUGGAAGGACGCAGGAAGAGCAAGGUAGGGACCCGGCAUACUGCAUCUAGGUAAAGUAUGUGGGGACAGUGAUGCUUGUAAGAUGUGAACUCUCUCGAUAUGUGGUUGGUGAAAAGCAUUUUGAGAGUUCUGUAAUUUUUGCGGAAGCUAUGUAAUCAUCUUCUAAAUUUUACUCUGAAAUGCCUUCUGUCUUUUAGUUACUACAUUAAUCUGAAAUGGGAAAGUACAUAUGUUGAAUACUUUUCCCUUAUAGUCAAUGCAAUGUAUUGGUUACAGAAUUGUACCUGCAAUAUCAUGGUUCAGAAGAUGAAAAAAGAAGAGAUCUUCAUGUAUUUUGGAAUUUA